CUCCCCCAUCCUGGGUACCAGUUGGGCGUUUUCGGGUGCUGGAGAUUGAAGAGAUGGAGCAGCUUCCUCAGCAACGCCCUACCCCUUAAAAUACUGCCAUUCUGAGCUGCCUUCCUCCCUGCAGCCUUCAGCAGGGAUGGAGUGAAACGGACCCCUGGACCUGCUCGCGGGGAUCAACAAUGGAGUUAAAGCAAUCUCUGUCUGUUCAUCUGGAAGCCGAGAAGCCUCUGAGGCGCUAUGGGGCGGUGGAGGAGACAGCAUGGAAAGCGGAGGGACUGGGAAGCCAGCUGGACAUCAUCUCUAUGGCUGAGACCAGCAUGAUGCCGGAGGAGAUUGAGCUGGAGAUGGCGAAAAUCCAGCGUCUCCGUGAAGUCCUGGUUCGUCGAGAGUCAGAACUCAGGUUCAUGAUGGAUGACAUUCAACUCUGCAAGGACAUCAUGAACCUGAAGCAGGAGCUUCAGAACUUGGUAGCCAUCCCAGAAAAAGAAAAAACCAAGCUGCAGAAGCAGAGAGAGGAUGAGUUAAUCCAGAAGAUCCACAGACUGGUGCAGAAGAGAGACUUCCUGGUGGACGACGCUGAGGUGGAACGGUUAAGGGAACAGGAAGAAGACAAGGAAAUGGCUGAUUUCCUGAGGAUCAAGUUAAAACCUCUAGACAAAGUAACCAAGUCUUCAGCCAGCUCCCGGGCAGAGAAGAAGGCAGAGCCCCCACCUAGCAAGCCAACAGUGGCCAAGACAGGGCUGGCCCUCAUCAAGGAUUGUUGUGGGGCCACCCAGUGCAACAUUAUGUAGCCCUUAUGUGGGUGUCCCAGAGCUGUGGGGACACUCUCUCCCACCCUCUUGUCCUCAUAGCUCCCAUUUCACAGGGGUCCAAGAGCUUUCUAAGGCAGACGGGGUUGAAGGCAAGCCCAUGACUGCUAUCAGGGGGCAUGGGUGUGGCAGGUGGGCCCAGCCUGUACAGAGUGUAGCAAUAGAGAGCCCCUCACCAUCGCAUGGUCCUCCCUAGAGCAUGCCCAACCCAGGAGUCUGUCUUAUCAUUUAUCUAACCACCAAGAAAGCCCCUCCCUUAAAACAGUAUACCUUCACUUCUCUCUAGGUGUAUCUAACCUACCAUGCGUUUGUUUAAACUGGGAAAGGGGCAUAGCCCCCAGGUGUGUAUAGCUGUGCAUUUCAAUAAUAUAGCACCAAGUUGGACCCAUUUCCCAUCCAUCCUCCCAGCUUUCCUGUCAGAUACAAGUUCUGUUCUCUGUUUGCCCUCUCCCUGUACUGUAGCUUGGAGGGUUCCACACAGCCAACACAUCUCCUUGUAAUCACGUCCCUGGAGACACUGGCUGUCUAUGAAGGCUGAGUUUGUAUGUGGUGUUGAGUUUACACCUCUUGCUCCAUCCCAUCCUGCUGUGAAUCUUGCCAGACUCCAGGCUUUUCCUUGAUUUGCCAUGUGUAGCCCACAGUGGAGCAGAGUGGGGAGCUGUGGCCAAGAGCAGAUCCAGUGCUUGUACCAGGUAGCGGAGAGCUGCAGGUACCAAUGUCAAGGCCAGAGUGGAUGAGAAGGGGACCCAGAAAAGAUGCCAACCCACAUCCCCUUCACCCAGGGCUGCUGCAAGAGAGCAAGUGGGAGGUCACAUUGCUGGCCCAACACACAUUGACAGACAGGAGAGAAAGCCUGACCCAACUAUGUCUCAUUGUCUGGUGGCCUGUUUGAACCAGCCCCACAAUUUCUCUUGUGUAACUUGAUGUACAUUUGCCACGCCAGCCUGGCACAGCCUGUGUGAUCUCUGUGCGGUAUGUGUGUUGACUGGCCUAAGUAUUCAGCACUGUCCAGGAUUUGCUGAUGUGCAAACUAUACAUCAGAGAAAAUAAAAAUGAAAAACAUACACACAGCA